AUGGUCGGCCCAGUGGCUUUGCCUUUAUCUUUGACAGUGGGGCCGGCGUUGUCCGACGAAGCUGAGGAAGCGCCCACGCCAGCCGAGGACGACGCCCUAUUAUCGGUUCCCUUCGACGUAGAAGCCACACUGUUGAAAAGCGCCUCCAUUCGUUGCGCACCGGUCGGUCGCCCCGACUCUAAAGGAUGA